AUGGCUACAACAAUAAAACCAUUGAUUGGUGUGAAAGUUCUCGAAUUUGGCGGACUGGCUCCAGUGCCCCAUUGUGGGUUGAUUCUAUCGGAUUUCGGCGCUGAGGUUACUGUAAUUGAAAAGAAAGGAGGCGGUGAUGUUGAGCAACGAUUAGGGCGUGGAAAGAAAUUUAUCCAUGCCAAUCUCAAAUCGAAAGAAGAUCUCAUGGAAAUCAGAAAACAAUGUUUAAAAACCGAUGUAAUUCUUGAUCCUUAUCGACCGGGAGUUCUCGAGAAGUUGGGACUAGAUCCAGUUGAAUUGUUGAAGGAGAACAAGGGUCUAGUCGUUUGUCGAUUGACUGGCUACGGUCAAGUGGGUGCAAUGUCUCAAGAAGCCGGUCAUGAUAUCAACUAUACAGCAAUUACAGGACUUUUGCCAACGAUUGCUGGUCAUAACAGAAAUCCGCCUUGGCCACCGGCAAAUUUGUUGGCUGAUUUCGCUGGCGGUGGACUGACAGCAGCUUUUGGGAUCGUGGCUGCUUUGUUGAAUCGAGCUAACAAUGGUGGUAAAGGCUGUAUCAUUGACGCUUCAAUGACUGAGGGACUCGCCUAUCUAGGCACUUUCAUCACAAUGUACAAAGAUGUUGACAUGCUAUGGAAUCAACCAUACGCUUCAUUCUCUGGAGAUUGUCCAAUUUACAGGAGCUAUGAAACAAAAGACGGAAAAUUCAUGUCAGUUGGUUCACUAGAGCCGCGCUUCAAUCAGAUUCUCUUUGAUGUGUUGGAUACAGAAUUAACAGUCGGUGAUGUGUACGAAAAACCACAAGAGGUGGUCAAAGAGUUGGAGAGAAUAUUCAAGGGGAAAACAAGAGACGAAUGGACAGAGAUAUUCAAGGGCAAAGACGCCUGUGUGGCUCCCGUUCUCGACAUUCAUGAGGCCGGUGAUUUCCCGCAUAACAAGAUGAGGGAGACUUUCACGAAAGAUGGCACUAAAUGGAUCCCAAAUCCGGCACCCCGACUCUACACAGGAGAUCAAUUCAAAGCAUUGACCACUAAAUCGAAAUUG